AUGUUCUCAUCCACUUCAAAAGCAACACCAAGCACUUCUCCAAAGAGCCCACAAAGGCCAAUCAGUCCUCGAGCACAAAAGAUGAUGAUGGAAUCAUCUCCACAACAACAACAACAAAAUCACCAGCAGCAGAAUCAACAUCAGGAGGCAACUCCACCCACCUCUGCAGCCGUAAAUAAUAACAACAACAAUAGUACUACCAAUAUUGGAAGAAGCACUACCACCAGUACGAAAGCCUCAUCAUCUUCACCCUCUCAAUCACCUAAAGCUCCAUCAACAAUUACAUCAUCAUCAUCAGCAGCGUUAUCAUCAUCAACGAUAUCUGGUCAUAGGAAUGAAAAGAAGAACCGAGAGAGUUCAUCACCACUAGUGAAGGAAUUGAAUCGUAUCGCUAGUGAUGAUCAUCGUCUUCAGGGCCAUUUGGCAGCCGUCGUUGUUGGAGAUCAAAAUCAGUCAUCCUCCCAGUUGAACAACACUCACCACCAACAUGUUUCCCAAGAGAAGAAGAAGAAGGCAACUCUCGAAUCAAAAGAGAACCACACGGGUGAUGAAGCAACUGUAGCAACAACAAUGCUGACUCGUACGCAGAAUUAUGAUCAUAAUCGUUCUCCAAUUUCAACCCAACAACAUUCAAACGACAAUCAGAGUCAAUCUUCAGAGAUGGCGAAUGAUUCCACUGCUACUGCGACUACGACUGACUUGACUUGUUCAGUGGAAUCUAAUAACGGAGUCAGAGGCUACAACAGCCCUUCUGUACUAUCAACAACAACAUCAUCAUCAUCAUCCACUUCAACCAAUGAUGCUCUUCAACAACAAGAUUCACAAAAACCCAAAGUUACAGUUCUUGCGUAUACAGGUCCAUUGACUUCACUUCCACCUCCACCUGCAACACCUCCUCCACCUCUCACUGAGGAGGAGAAGAAACGUCAUCAAAAGUUCUUGGGCGUGGUUGCUUCUGUUUUGGUUGGAUCGAACUCUGACUCGAAUUCACAACCACCACCACAACAACAGGCAUCUUCAUCAUCGUCGUCUUCCUCUUCGCCAACAACAGCAAGUGUCUCUUCUUCUUCACUUCAAAAACCUGAAAAGAUUCCCGUUCCAAUUAAUAUGCAAGCGAUGGAUCCAUUUUCAAUUGAAGAAAUUGAUCAAACCCAAUGGACGGUUCUAUAUAAUACCAACACUUUGAAUAAUACUCAUUCAAGACGUAUUCUUAUGAGAUCUUCGAGCAUUAGAUUACAACAGCAACAAUCACAAAGAUUUAAUUCUUCAAUUCUUGGAGCACCUUCAAGUAGCAGCAGCAGCAACCAACAACAUACGAGCUCAGGAGCCUUAUUGGAGCAAUUGGCACUGUCAUCACGUGCCUCUUCUUCCGAACAUUAUCACCACAACGAAAACAAAGGUCUUCUCGUGAAAAACUUUUUCAGAUUCCUCUCUGUGGGAGGCGAAUAUUUGCAAAAGUUCAAAUCUAAAAAAUCAAAUUCGGACGUAGAGGAAGUUGUUUAUUUCAAAUAUCCUCAUGUGAGACAUUGCUUGCAAGUGUUUUACAAACCAUUCAAAAUUUUACGUUAUGAGGCUGUGCCAUAUCGAGCAACUCCUUUCAAGCCACAAUUCUCAGUUCUGACUCCUGCCAAUAGCGAUGCUCCUCAAUCUGUGACAUCUCCAAAUGUCACACCUGAAAAUCCUCCUCCUUCACACCCCAAUAACAGUGAACAAAAAAAGAAGAAAAAUCCAAAGGAUAAGAACGAAAAGGAGGAGAAGAAAGACGAAGACAAUGUUGUUGUCGAUGAAGAUGAAGUUUUGCCAUCUUUUGCAAAAAUUCUCGAUAUUGAAAAGGCACAAGCUGAGAAGGCAACGGAUGUUCAAGCUCCUACUGAACCAGAGGAAUUGUAUAAGGUCACUGAUCAAAUGGGCGAUUUCACAGAGGCUGGUCUCUCAAAGAAAUUGAAAAAUGCUUUUAUUGGUCAAGGAAAGAGAAAAUCAAUCUUUGGUGGAAAGGUAGAGAAGCCUAAAAAAGAUGAUAAAGAAUCAAAGGAGAGCAAAGAUUCGAACAAGGAAGGAAAAGAAGGAAAGGAGGGUGCACCUAAAGAAGGAGGAACUGCUUCUGUCAGCGUUGGACUAACCUCAUUACAAACAAAUCAAAGUUUGACUGAAAAGGAGAUGAAGUUGGCUCUUUUACAACAAAAAGGACAAGGAGAAAAGAAGGCUGUCGAUGCUUUCGAUGAGAUUGAUAUCUCAAAAUCCUUGAAAAAGAGUUUGGUUGAAAAGGCGAAGGAAUUGUGUGCCAAACGUCCACUUGAGCUUCUCAACGAAAUUACUGCCGAAAUUCAAAGAUCUGAAAGCUCUAUGAAUGAGUCAAAGAAGCACCAAAGCGAAUCCUUCUUGCAUGGUGUUCAUAUCAAUGAGGAGAAUAUCAACAAGGAGAAUAGAAGAUUGAUGGGAGUUUUACAGCCAAAGUACGAGUACAAGCCCCUCCACACUACUUUGUGCCAAAGAAUUCCAGAAAUUGAAUAUCCUGUCAAGAAAAAGUUCAGAUUCUUGUUGUCUUGCAGUGAAUUCCAAUUUAUGGAAAAGUUCGAUGUCACGAAAGAAUUCUUCACAUUCUCCAUUGCUAUUUAUGACACCAAGUACUCCAAGAAGAUUAGUGAGGAUUACUGGUUCCAUCUAUUUUCGGAAGAACAAUUGCAACAAUUAGAGCCCUUCGUUCGUGAAUCCAUUCAAAAGAAAUCUAACGGUAUUGUUGCCAACUCUGACAAGAGACUGUUCUCAAUUUCUGCACCCAAUGAGGAAAUGUAUUUGGUUUUGUAUGUUCAUCGUGUACCAACUUGUUCCAUUAAGGAUAUGCUCAAACAUCACAAAAAGAACGACUUUUCUUCCGAUAUGGAAGCCAGAAAGAACAAACUUUCUCACUUUAGACAUGCAGCAUUUGUUAGCUUUGUUCCACUUUUCAAAGGUGAAAAGAAACUGGAACUCAAUUCAUCGAUGUAUUUCGAUCAAUUCUACGUAAUCGAAGGAGAUUACAAGACUCCAUUCAACAUCUUUGCUGCCAUUAAACAAAAGACCAAAUUACAAGCGAUCUCUGCCUCAAUGAAAGUACACACAGAAUUGGUGAGUGACUUGCAUAGAUAUGUCAAGAAUAAGAUUGAAGACAGCACCGAUAUAACUCCAACAGGACAGCUUGCAUCAAUCAAAUCAGAUGACGAUAGUGUGAAUAACACAGAAGAACAAUCCUUCUCACUUCAACCAACCAAUCCCUUCUUGAAUGGUAACAACCUUGAUGAGAAUGGAGAUCCUGUAUUCAACGCAAUUGAAGAUGAUGAUGAAUUCUCUGAUGAUCCACCAAGAUUGAUGUCUGAAGAUUUUGGAAAAACCAUGUUCGACGAGCAAGUGAAAAUAUUGGAAUCAGAAGCAAUCAAUGAAAUUCCAUGGAGCAAGGCCCGUCAUCCACACAUGACCUUGUUUAACACCAUGUAUAUUUAUCCUAUGGGUGUAAAGCUAGAGAAAACUAAGGCUAAGAAUAUUGUUGUGGAGGUAGUAUUUAGAGAAAACGAUGCAAUCAUCCCAACACAAGAGGAAAUUCAAAAAUGUCAUCCUGUUGUUAUUAACAGAUUUACUUCGGAAAAGAAGCGAUCAGAUUUUACUGCUCUUGAACAUUGUACUACUACUCCUCAAUUCCUUGAUGAGAUCAAAAUUGACGUUCCUGCUGUCACAAAGAAAGGCAAUCAUUUACUCUUCAUUUUCUAUCACGUAGACAUUGAAAAGAAGUCUUCUAAGCUCAUCUAUGAACCUUUUGGAACCAGAGAGGAAGAUUUUGGAAAAUGUGAACGCUCAAUUUUGGGCUAUUCUUUCCUUGAAUUGACCGAAAAGAAUAGACUAUAUGAAGAGGAUAAGACACAACGUAAUUGUACCUAUGAGCUCACCUAUUCUGAAGUUCAGAGACACAUCUUUGUCGGAGAACUGAGAGUGUACAAGACAUUGCAACCAGAUUAUCUCUCCAAAGCCAAGACCAAGGGCAUAUUGGAUAAGAUUAGUGACGCAAGAUUCAAACUUUCUGCUCAACUUGUUUCUAGCGUUAAUCCUCAAGACGAAGUACUUCAAUUAUUCUUUGCCAGUAUACAUGAUUUAUAUAGUCCUGAAAAAGAAAAUAAGGAACAAAUAUUGGAGUAUAUUUGCCGUUUCGUCUUGAUGAAAUUCUGUGCCAUUGAAUUCUCUCUAUUCUUACCUCAUCUUCCAAUUGUUAUGAACAUUUUGUUUGAGUUGAUGAGUAGCAUCUCAGAGUUGCCACUUCAAUCUGCUGACUUGAGAAAGGGAGCUGAACGAUUAUUGUUCGAGCAAGUAUUGGUGUGUCUCAGAGGUGUCUAUCACUAUACUAAAAAUCACACACGUGGUAACAAGUUCAUGACAUCGUACAUUAAAUACAUUUUCGAUGAAAUGAACAGAGGAUAUCCAACCUACUCUGUACUCACUCGUAUCUUUACGGAUUAUUUGGAAGAAUUGACCAAGAUUUUGCAAGGAGAACCAACCAAGCAUUACUUUGAAACAAACAACUUGUCAGAGCACGAUCCAUUCCGUUUCUCAUGGUUCUUGUUUGAUAUUAUUAUUAAGAGUUUGACACUCUGUAUCAAGACAGACUCUUUGGAUUGCCUCACGAUUAGGGAUAGUUGGUAUUUAAACAAAUCGGACAAGUACAGCAGAAACGAUGAACAUCCACUCUCUCAAGAAUACUUUGUGAACAGAGUGAAAGAGUUGAUGACAUACUUUUGUACACGUACCAAGAAAUUGCUCUCCUCUUCUGGACAUGGCAGACAAAAUAUUGGUUUGAACGCCAAUAGAAAUCUUGCUCUCUUCAUUAGAGAUUUAAUUCCAUUCGUUGACAGAGAUUAUUAUAUUGGAAUUGUUAAACACUACAUGGAUUGUUUAUCCAUCGAAACUUCAACAGAUGCAUCCGCUGAAGCCUUGUUGAGAUUGAAAUCAGAUUUCGUAGCCAUCAUGUGUGACUAUGAUUACUUUAUUCCGCUCAACAACUUGCAACUUCAAGAUGGAAACUUUUUAAUUAGACAUUUCUUUGACGUUUUCUUCAGCACUGUUGAAACUAACAAUGAAAAGUUAAUGCUCAAGGUUGGAAAGUGUGUAUUGGAUUUGUUCUGCAAGAUUGACUACGAUGCACGAUAUCAAGACACAUCCAAGAGGGCUGCUAUUGCAGAGAUGUUCCUUUAUUUUGUUGACAAGUACAUGGACAAGGAAGAAUAUCUCACUCUCUUCCACAAUGAUGAAAUGUAUCUUGUCACAGCAUUUUGUAUCUUGUGGGUGUUGAGAAACUUAUCAGAACAACUACUUACUCAAUGGUGGACACAGGCUCCAGUACAUGUCAUGCUUAAUUGCAUCAGCUUUUUGGACUAUUGUGUCAUGUCUGUACAUAAUCUUUCCUACUCGUCUUCAAUUCCAAAAGAAAAGAGAGGAAACCAACGAUCUUUACGUAUGGAGACAAUCUUGACAGCCAACUAUUUGAUUAGCAAAUUCACUGAGAAGUCUGUACUGACUGAGGUAUUGGAAAAAAUCAAAACAAAGUAUGACAUUGACCGCUUGUUACAGUUAGCAGAAAGUGAAUCUCAAGAAUUGAAGAAUCUUCCAGAAGUUCAAAUUUUAUCCAAGCUCGAAAUUACCAGAAACACCAAAACUAUUACACCUGUAGAGUCAUUGCUUUUGCGUUCCAUCAGUAGAUUAAUCUUUAACAUUAUUUUCCAAUUGACUCUCAAAGAAGAGUACAGAGCUUGCAAGAUUAUCUUCCAAGAUUGUCUUUAUCCAUUGCUUUCUAACUUUAACCAUCUUUUCGUGUGUCAUGAGUUGUACGAUCAAACCAUUCCAAAGAAAGAGAGAGCUCCCUAUGCUCAAAAACGUAAGGUUGAACAAAAAUGGAGAUGGCUUCUUGGAGUCUGUACCUUAUACUCUGAAGAGCUCAUGUUUGAUAAGAAUGUUGGAGACAUUAUCAACAUUUCUAAAGAAUGUGUUUCUCUCUUGUUGAAACCAUUUGCACCUACACUUACUCACGAACAAGUCGAACAAAGUUUAACAGAAGAACCUGAAGAUGUGAAUAUUGAUGCCAAGCGCUGUUGCAUUUCUUCGGCCACCUUCUCCAAAUUGGUGGACAAGUUUGUUGGUUUGUGCACAUUGCCUGGUGAUACUGAAGCUCGUGGAGUUUUCUAUGCCAUCUUCCUCAAUACCUUCUCUUCAUUCACAACUGCUCGCCAACUCAUGAACCACUUAAUGAGCAUCUAUAGAAGAACUUUGAAUGUAGUGAAAGAGGCCACUCGUGCCAAAGAACAAGGUGAUCCAAAUGCUCCUGAAAUCACAAAAGAAAACGCUGUAUGUCUCUACAUUGAACAAGCAAUGAAUGAACUUGUCAAGGAAGCAUUCCAUGCUCUUGACAAUGAAUCCUUGGCUCUCUAUAUGCAUCAUUACGAGGAGAUUGUGCAAGGUAUCAAGUUUAGAUAUGAGAAACCUGGUGCUGUGAAAAAAGUUCACCCAACCCUCAAAAAGAUCAAAAAAACUCUCCUUCAAAACUUGUUGAGCUUUAAGAAGGAUGAAGGAUCCUCUUCGACUUCCAAUGUCCACUCGAGACACAACACAACCAUCAUGAUUCCAAGAGGUAUUCCAGUGGAAAAGCUCAAGGAACCUCAAAUUUCUCUCAAUCAAUGGAGAAUCAACAGAAAGGAGUAUAUCAGCAAGGGUAUUCUAAAUCCAUACAAUAUUCAAUUCGAUUUAUUGAGUUGGCCAGCCACUGAAAUUGCCAGACAAGAGACAAUUAUUGAUUUGAAGAUUUUCAAAAAGAUUGAAGCCAAUGAAUUUUAUAACUCUGGAUGGAGUGAUCCCAAGUACAAGUAUGAACUCGCUCCUCAUAUUUCUGCCCUCACCGAUCGUGUCAAUAAGAUUAGCUACUGGGUACAAACUAAGAUUCUCACUGAGACCAAUACAGAAACAAGAAAAGCUCUCUUUAAGAAGUUUGUUGAAAUUGCCAAGGAAUCCUACGAGUUGAACAAUUAUAGUGCAUUCUUUGCAAUCAUUUCAGGUCUUCAAUCCGGUCCAGUAUAUCGACUCAAAGAAACUCGAAAGGGUCUCUCAGAAAGUGACAACAAUAUUUUCAAAAUUUUCGAUGAACUUCAUGCCAACAAUAGAAGUAAGCUGAGAGAAAAUCUCAACAACACGAUCAUUAACAACAAUACUCCAAUUAUUCCAUUUAUUGGCAUCUUCCAAACAGAUUUGACUUUUACUUCAGAUGGAAAUCCUGAUGAAUUCAAUCAUCCAAAAACUCCUCAAAAGAAAUUAAUCAAUUACCAAAAGAGAAGAAUUUAUUAUGCAACCAUUCAGAAAGUGAAGGAUUUACAAAAUUGUGCAAAUUUGUACCAUUUAGAACCCAUUCCAUACGUUCAAUAUGUUUUAAAGGAACACAUUUUCGAAGGUAUAAUUACCAACGAUGAUGAGCUUCACAAGAAGUCUCUCAUAAUUGAACCUAGAAAAUCAACCACCAACUAA